AUGGCAAGUUUAUGUCCUGAAUGUAGAAUAAAAGAAGUUUAUAUUGAAAAUGGAUAUCCUACUGAAUUUUGUUCUCAUCAAUGUCGAAAAGCUGCAGUAGACAGAGGUCAUGUUGAAGCUUGUAUUGUAUGUCGUAUAUAUCCAAGAGUUAAGCUACCAACUGGCAAUAGGUCACCUUAUUGUGGAAAAAAUUGUCAAGCUAAAGCGUCAUAUGGAUCGGGGGCACAGCCAGCACGGUAUAUGAAUCCUAAUGUAGGACCACAGAUUCAACCAGUACUCCGACCAGUACUUGUAUCUUCUCCCGUAUCUACCAUGCAACCUGGCCAACUUAUAAGUGUGCCUCCUCCUAUAAAUGUACCUCCGUCUAUAAAUGUGCCGCCGCCACUUCCAAUUAGACAACCAGUUACCACAGUUAACCGGCCGUUUCCAGUGAAUCAAGGACAAUAUAUGACUCCCAUGUGUGUCCAGUGUAAAGUAAAACCUCGUUGGAGAAAUCAAAAUACUGGACAGCUUUCGCCUUACUGUGGGAAUACUUGUAAAGAAAAGGCCACAGGAGUUAGAAGGGCACCACAAAACUAUAAUUCAUUCCAAACGUCAAUUGCAUCUAAUGGUGUUCCAACACAAAUGGGUAUUCAACAGCAACAGGUCACACCAUUAAAUCUUUAUCAAACCGCACAAUUAGGUCCAGGUGUCCAGCCACAAUCCAUGAAUAUCCAUCAGGCACCAUUACAAAAUACACGAUUUAGCGUUCAUCAGCAACACGCGCCAGUUCCAGGUAUUCAGCAACAGACCACUCCUGUAAGUGUUCAACAACAGACUGCGGCCCUUAAUAUUCAACCACGGCAUUCGUCAUUAAAUGUUCAGCGAUCAAGUCCAGCAAAUGUUCAUCAUCGGACGAAUUCAGCAAAUAUUCGUCAACGACCAAUUUCGCAACAUAGUACACAAUCAAAUGGUCGUAAUCGAACGCGAAAUUCAUACCAAGAUGAAUCGUACCAAGAUGAAGAAUACCAAUAUGAAGAGUACCAAGAUGAAGAGUAUCAAGACGAAGAGUUUCAAGAUGAAGAGUAUCAAGACGAAGAGUUCGAUGAAGAGUAUGAAGAUUCGUUAAUGAAUGGUCGGCCUAUUCGUUCACCGCCGAAUCAUCAACGGCCGAAUCCGCGACCGAAUCCACGACCAAACCCACGACCGAAUCCGCGACCGAAUCCACGACCAAAUCCACGAUCAAAUAAUCAGAGACCAACUAGCGUUCGUUCUCGAAGUUCGCAAACAUCAGUUUCUUCUCAAGGUUCACAAAGAUCUGUUACUCGGGCGACAGACCCGGUUGACGACGAACAGUCACCACCAUCGCCUCCUUUAAGGACAAAGCCACCACCAACACAAACACAAGCACAAACCCGACGAGUAUUACCUGAUUUGCCGCAGCAGAAGAAGGGAGGAUAG